AUGAAGCAAUUUUUAACAAAGUUUCAUAAGGCAUUGAUUAAUGGAGAACUGAAUUAUACUGAUGUAACUACUGGAGAGCCAGCUACAUUUCAAAAGUUGUACGAAUUUGCAUUCAAAUUUUCUUUGGAACUAGAAAAUCAAAAAGUAUUAGACUUUGAAAUUUCCACUGAGUAUUGGAAGUUGCUAAUCCCAGUUAUAAUCAAUCAAUAUAUUAAAGAAAAUAAUCCAAUAGAUGAAGAAUAUGAAAACAAAGUUAAUGAAAGAAUUGAGCAAUGGUAUAAAUUCUUGACAGAACCAGAUUAUAUUACUAAAAAAUCAAUUAGUCAUGAUAGUUGGUCAAUGUUUUAUUUGUUUUUAAAAGAAGUUGUCUUACCUGAUCCAGAGAAUUUCAAAGAUUAUGAUGAAAUGGCUGCUUGGCCAAGCAUAGUUGACGAGUAUAUAGAAUAUUUACGAGAUACAAAUUUGUUGACGUAA